GGGCGGGUGCGGGCGGCGCGCGCGGUCCGUGGCGGAGGGCGCGGAGGCGGCUGGAGGUCCCUGCGCACCCACAGACCCGAAAAUGGACCCAAGUGGUGUAAAAGUGUUGGAAACAGCAGAAGAUAUCCAAGAAAGGCGUCAGCAAGUUUUGGACCGUUACCACAGGUUCAAGGAACUCUCUUCUCUAAGGCGCCAAAAACUUGAAGAUUCCUAUCGAUUCCAGUUUUUCCAGCGUGAUGCAGAUGAGCUUGAAAAAUGGAUCCAAGAGAAACUGCAGAUUGCAUCUGAUGAAAAUUACAAAGACCCAAGCAAUUUGCAGGGGAAGCUGCAGAAGCACCAAGCCUUUGAGGCUGAGGUGCAGGCCAAUUCAGGAGCCAUCAUUAAACUGGAUGAGACUGGAAAUCAGAUGAUUAACGAAGGCCAUUUUGCGUCUGAAACCAUAAGAUCCUUCACGCCGUACCGGACUGCCCAGCGCCCGAUAGUCACGGCCACCCAAGUGGGGUCCCACAUACGAACUCGACUGCAGGAGCUGCACCGACUAUGGGAAUUACUGAUGGAAAAGAUGAGAGAGAAGGGAGUCAAAUUAUUGCAAGCACAGAAGUUGGUGCAGUAUUUACGGGAAUGUGAAGAUGUCUUGGACUGGAUCAAUGACAAGGAAGCAAUAGUGACAUCAGAAGAGCUUGGACAGGACUUAGAGCAUGUUGAAGUUUUGCAAAAGAAGUUUGAAGAGUUCCAGACAGACCUCGCAGCUCAUGAAGAAAGAGUAAAUGAAGUGAACCAGUUUGCUGGCAAACUUAUCCAAGAAACACAUCCUGAAGAGGAACUGAUAAAGUCCAAACAAGAUGAAGUAAAUGCAAGCUGGCAGCGUCUUAAGGGACUUGCCCUUCAGAGGCAAGGAAAACUCUUUGGGGCAGCUGAAGUUCAGCGUUUCAACAGGGAUGUGGAUGAAACAAUCAGCUGGAUUAAGGAGAAAGGGCAGUUGAUGGCCUCAGAUGAUUUUGGCAGAGACUUAGCCAGUGUGCAGGCAUUACUGCGGAAGCACGAAGGCCUGGAAAGAGACCUGGCAGCUCUGGAAGAUAAGGUGAAGGCCCUGUGUGCAGAAGCUGACCGUUUGCAGCAGUCUCACCCAAUAAAUGCUUCCCAAAUUCAAGUGAAACGGGAGGAGCUCAUUGCCAACUGGGAACAGAUCCGCACGCUGGCAGCAGAGAGGCACGCUCGCCUCAACGACUCCUACAGGCUGCAGCGCUUUCUUGCGGACUUCCGAGACCUCACCAGCUGGGUGACUGAGAUGAAGGCUCUGAUAAAUGCUGAUGAACUUGCCAAUGAUGUGGCUGGAGCAGAAGCCCUCCUAGACAGACAUCAGGAACAUAAGGGAGAAAUUGAUGCCCAUGAAGACAGCUUCAAAUCUGCUGAUGAGUCAGGCCAGGCUUUGCUCUCUGCUGGGCACUAUGCUUCUGAUGAAGUUAAAGAAAAGCUGACCAUCCUCUCAGAUGAAAGGUCUGCCUUACUGGAACUGUGGGAGCUCCGCAGACAGCAGUAUGAGCAGUGCAUGGACCUGCAGCUUUUCUACAGAGACACUGAACAAGUUGACAACUGGAUGAGCAAACAAGAAGCAUUUCUGCUGAAUGAAGACCUUGGUGAUUCUCUGGAUAGUGUGGAGGCUCUUCUAAAGAAGCAUGAAGACUUUGAGAAAUCCCUAAGUGCCCAAGAGGAGAAAAUCACAGCAUUAGAUGAGUUUGCUACUAAGUUGAUUCAGAAUAACCACUAUGCCAUGGAUGAUGUUGCUACACGCAGAGAUGCUCUGCUGAGCCGCCGAAACGCCCUUCAUGAAAGAGCCAUGUACCGCCGUGCUCAGCUGGCGGAUUCUUUCCAUCUGCAGCAGUUUUUCCGAGAUUCUGAUGAGCUCAAGAGUUGGGUUAAUGAAAAGAUGAAAACGGCAACUGAUGAGGCCUACAAGGAUCCAUCGAACUUGCAAGGUAAAGUUCAGAAACACCAGGCUUUUGAAGCAGAGCUGUCUGCUAACCAGAGUCGUAUUGAUGCCCUGGAGAAAGCUGGCCAGAAGCUGAUUGAUGUCAAGCACUAUGCGUCCGAUGAGGUGGCAGCUCGCAUGAAUGAAGUCAUCAGCUUGUGGAAGAAACUUCUGGAGGCCACUGAGCUCAAAGGUAUAAAACUGCGAGAAGCCAAUCAGCAGCAGCAGUUUAAUCGCAAUGUGGAGGACAUUGAGCUCUGGCUGUAUGAAGUAGAAGGACACUUGGCUUCUGAUGAUUAUGGAAAAGAUCUUACUAAUGUUCAGAAUCUUCAGAAGAAACACGCACUGCUAGAGGCAGAUGUUGCUGCCCAUCAGGAUCGGAUAGAUGGCAUUACCAUCCAGGCACGCCAGUUCCAGGAGGCUGGGCACUUUGAUGCUGACAAUAUCAAGAAGAAACAAGAAGCUUUAGUGGCUCGUUAUGAAGCUCUGAAGGACCCCAUGGUAGCUCGCAAGCAGAAACUCGCAGAUUCUCUUCGCCUGCAGCAGCUUUUCCGUGACAUUGAGGAUGAAGAGACCUGGAUUAGGGAAAAAGAACCUAUUGCAGCUUCAACAAACCGAGGCAAGGAUUUAAUUGGUGUCCAGAAUCUGUUAAAGAAGCACCAGGCUUUGCAGGCAGAAAUUGCAGGCCAUGAGCCUCGUAUUAAAGCAGUCACACAGAAGGGAAAUGCUAUGGUGGAAGAAGGACACUUUGCAGCUGAGGAUGUAAAAAUCAAACUGAACGAGCUAAACCAGAAGUGGGACUCUCUGAAAGCCAAAGCAUCUCAGCGUCGACAGGACCUGGAGGAUUCCCUGCAGGCUCAGCAGUACUUUGCUGAUGCUAAUGAGGCCGAAUCCUGGAUGAGGGAAAAGGAGCCCAUUGUAGGCAGUACAGACUAUGGGAAAGAUGAAGACUCUGCUGAGGCUCUUCUGAAGAAACAUGAAGCUUUGAUGUCUGAUCUCUCUGCUUAUGGCAGCAGCAUCCAGGCAUUGAGGGAACAGGCCCAGUCAUGCAGGCAACAAGUUGCUCCCACAGAUGAUGAAACUGGAAAAGAGCUUGUUUUGGCACUCUAUGAUUACCAGGAGAAGAGUCCCCGGGAGGUGACAAUGAAGAAGGGAGAUAUCCUCACAUUACUCAACAGCACCAACAAGGACUGGUGGAAGGUGGAAGUCAAUGACCGUCAGGGAUUUGUACCUGCUGCCUAUGUGAAAAAACUGGAUCCUGCCCAGUCUGCAUCCCGGGAGAACCUCCUGGAGGAGCAGGGCAGCAUUGCACUGCGACAGGAGCAAAUCGACAACCAGACUCUCAUUACUAAGGAGGUCGGCAGUGUAUCUCUGCGUAUGAAACAGGUCGAAGAACUGUAUCACUCUCUCCUGGAACUGGGAGAAAAACGUAAAGGCAUGUUGGAAAAAAGCUGCAAGAAGUUCAUGCUUUUCCGUGAAGCCAAUGAGCUCCAGCAGUGGAUCAAUGAGAAGGAAGCAGCACUCACCAGUGAGGAAGUGGGUGCUGAUCUGGAGCAGGUGGAGGUUCUGCAGAAGAAAUUUGAUGAUUUUCAGAAGGAUCUCAAAGCCAACGAGUCACGCCUGAAGGAUAUAAACAAGGUUGCCAAGGACCUGGAGUCAGAAGGGCUGAUGGCAGAUGAAGUACAAGCAGUACAGCAACAGGAAGUCUAUGGGAUGAUGCCCAGGGAUGAAACUGAUUCUAAGACAGCCUCUCCUUGGAAGUCUGCACGUUUGAUGGUACACACGGUGGCAACCUUCAACUCAAUCAAGGAGCUGAAUGAGCGCUGGAGAUCCCUGCAGCAGCUGGCAGAGGAGAGGAGCCAGUUGUUGGGCAGUGCCCACGAGGUACAGAGAUUCCACAGAGAUGCUGAUGAAACCAAGGAAUGGAUAGAGGAGAAGAAUCAAGCAUUAAAUACAGACAACUAUGGGCAUGACCUGGCCAGUGUUCAGGCUCUGCAGCGCAAACAUGAAGGCUUUGAGAGAGAUUUGGCAGCUCUGGGAGACAAGGUGAAUUCUCUUGGUGAAACUGCCCAGCGUCUAAUCCAGUCACAUCCAGAAUCUGCUGAAGAUCUCCAAGAAAAAUGCACUGAGUUGAAUCAGGCUUGGAAUAGUCUGGGAAAACGUGCUGACCAGCGCAAGGAGAAGCUUGGAGAUUCUCAUGACCUGCAGCGUUUCCUCAGUGACUUCAGGGACCUCAUGUCUUGGAUCAAUGGGAUCCGGGGCCUGGUCUCCUCAGAUGAACUCGCAAAGGAUGUGACUGGAGCUGAAGCUUUGUUGGAAAGGCACCAGGAACACCGCACAGAAAUAGAUGCAAGAACUGGCACUUUCCAGGCAUUUGAACAGUUUGGACAACAACUCCUUGCCCAUGGACACUAUGCCAGCCCAGAGAUCAAGGAGAAACUGGAUAUUCUGGAGCAAGAACGGACAGACCUGGAGAAGGCCUGGGUCCAGCGCAGAAUGAUGCUGGACCAGUGCCUGGAACUACAGCUGUUUCAUCGGGACUGUGAACAAGCUGAAAACUGGAUGGCUGCCCGGGAGGCUUUCUUAAAUACAGAGGAUAAAGGAGACUCCUUGGACAGUGUGGAGGCACUCAUCAAGAAACAUGAAGAUUUUGAUAAAGCAAUCAAUGUCCAGGAAGAGAAAAUUGCUGUCCUGCAGUCCUUUGCUGACCAGCUGAUUGCUGCAGAUCAUUACGCCAAGGGAGUCAUCGCCAACAGACGCAAUGAGGUCCUGGACAGGUGGCUUCGUCUGAAAGCCCAAAUGAUUGAGAAGAGAUCGAAGCUGGGAGAGUCUCAGACCCUCCAGCAGUUCAGUCGUGAUGUGGAUGAAAUAGAAGCCUGGAUCAGUGAAAAGCUCCAGACUGCAAGUGAUGAGUCCUAUAAGGAUCCCACAAAUAUUCAGCUUUCCAAACUGCUGAGCAAGCACCAGAAGCACCAGGCCUUUGAAGCCGAGCUCCACGCCAACGCCGACCGCAUCCGCGGUGUCAUCGACAUGGGCAACUCCCUCAUCGAGAGGGGCGCGUGCGCCGGCAGCGAGGACGCCGUCAAGGCACGCCUGGCUGCCCUGGCUGACCAGUGGCAAUUCCUGGUACAGAAAUCAGCAGAGAAGAGUCAGAAACUGAAAGAAGCUAAUAAGCAACAGAAUUUCAAUACUGGAAUCAAGGACUUUGACUUUUGGCUUUCAGAGGUGGAGGCUUUGUUGGCAUCUGAAGACUAUGGGAAGGACUUAGCAUCUGUUAACAACCUUCUGAAAAAACACCAAUUACUGGAAGCUGAUAUAUCUGCUCAUGAGGACCGCCUGAAGGACCUGAACAGCCAGGCUGACAGUCUGAUGACCAGCAGUGCCUUUGACACGUCCCAAGUGAAGGACAAACGCGAGACCAUCAACGGGCGCUUCCAGCGCAUCAAGGGCAUGGCCAGCGCCCGCCGCGCCAAGCUCAACGAGAGCCACCGCCUGCACCAGUUCUUCCGGGACAUGGACGACGAGGAGUCCUGGAUCAAAGAAAAGAAACUGUUGGUUAGCUCAGAGGACUAUGGCAGAGACCUGACUGGUGUGCAGAAUCUGAGGAAGAAACACAAGCGCUUAGAAGCAGAAUUAGCUGCCCAUGAACCUGCUAUCCAGGGUGUUCUGGACACGGGUAAGAAGCUUUCAGAUGACAACACAAUUGGAAAGGAGGAGAUACAGCAGAGACUGGCUCAGUUUGUGGAUCACUGGAAAGAGUUAAAGCAAUUGGCAGCUGCUAGGGGCCAGCGUCUGGAGGAGUCUCUGGAGUAUCAGCAGUUUGUAGCAAAUGUCGAGGAAGAAGAAGCCUGGAUCAAUGAGAAAAUGACACUGGUAGCCAGUGAGGAUUAUGGGGACACACUUGCUGCUAUCCAGGGCUUGCUGAAGAAGCAUGAGGCAUUUGAGACUGAUUUUACUGUCCACAAGGACAGAGUGAAUGAUGUCUGUGCUAAUGGAGAGGAUCUCAUUAAAAAGAACAAUCACCACGAGGCGAACAUCACUGCCAAGAUGAAGGGGCUCAGAGGGAAGGUGUCAGAUCUGGAGAAAGCAGCAGCUCAGAGGAAAGCCAAAUUGGAUGAGAACUCAGCUUUCCUCCAAUUCAACUGGAAAGCAGAUGUGGUGGAGUCGUGGAUAGGAGAGAAGGAAAACAGUCUGAAGACAGAUGAUUACGGACGUGACCUCUCUUCAGUGCAAACCUUGCUCACCAAACAGGAAACAUUUGAUGCUGGACUUCAGGCUUUCCAGCAGGAGGGAAUUGCAAACAUCACUGCCCUGAAAGACCAGCUGCUCGCAGCCAAGCACAUCCAGUCCAAGGCCAUCGAGGCCCGGCAUGCUUCCUUGAUGAAACGCUGGAAUCAGCUACUGGCUAAUUCUGCUACCAGGAAAAAGAAACUCUUGGAGGCUCAGGAGCACUUCAGAAAGGUUGAGGAUCUCUUCCUGACCUUUGCGAAGAAGGCCUCUGCCUUCAACAGCUGGUUUGAGAAUGCUGAGGAGGACCUGACGGAUCCUGUGCGCUGCAACUCACUGGAGGAAAUCAAAGCCCUGAGAGAAGCUCACGACGCUUUCCGUUCCUCCCUAAGUUCUGCCCAAGCUGAUUUCAACCAGCUGGCAGAGCUUGAUCGCCAGAUCAAGAGCUUCCGUGUGGCCUCCAACCCCUACACUUGGUUCACUAUGGAGGCUCUUGAAGAAACCUGGAGGAAUCUGCAGAAAAUUAUCAAGGAACGUGAACUGGAGCUGCAGAAGGAACAGCGAAGGCAGGAAGAAAAUGACAAACUGCGUCAGGAAUUUGCUCAGCAUGCCAAUGCCUUCCAUCAGUGGAUUCAGGAGACCAGGACUUACCUGCUAGAUGGGUCAUGUAUGGUGGAGGAAUCAGGAACACUGGAGUCACAACUAGAAGCUACUAAACGCAAGCACCAAGAGAUCCGAGCUAUGAGGAGCCAGCUGAAGAAGAUUGAGGACCUUGGAGCAGCCAUGGAAGAGGCACUUAUCUUGGACAACAAGUACACAGAACACAGCACCGUGGGGCUGGCACAGCAGUGGGACCAGCUGGACCAGCUGGGGAUGAGGAUGCAACACAACCUGGAACAGCAGAUCCAAGCCCGGAACACCACUGGAGUCACUGAGGAGGCCCUGAAGGAGUUCAGCAUGAUGUUCAAGCACUUUGACAAGGACAAAUCUGGACGACUUAAUCACCAGGAGUUUAAGUCUUGCUUACGCUCUCUCGGCUACGAUCUGCCCAUGGUUGAGGAAGGAGAGCCAGACCCUGAGUUUGAGUCUAUUCUUGACACUGUAGAUCCCAACAGGGAUGGACACGUCUCGCUGCAGGAGUACAUGGCCUUCAUGAUCAGCCGGGAAACUGAGAACGUGAAAUCCAGCGAGGAGAUCGAGAGCGCUUUCCGCGCCCUCAGCUCCGAGGGGAAGCCCUACGUGACCAAGGAGGAGCUCUACCAGAACCUGACCCGGGAACAGGCCGAUUAUUGCAUCUCUCACAUGAAACCCUACAUGGAUGGCAAGGGCAGGGAACUGCCUUCUGCCUACGACUACAUAGAAUUUACACGUUCACUCUUUGUGAAUUGAUCUGAAACACUAGUACCAAAAGAUGCAAAGGACAUGCUCACGUUUGCUGACUGUAGCUCUGCAUGUGUCUCUAUCUCCUUGUGCUCUACAAUAAUCAAUGUUACUUUAUGAUGUAACCUUAAAGUGCUUAGCUUGAAACUCUUAGGGAAAAGAAACAUGUUGCAGUGUGCUUCAAUAAAAGUUACUGGUCGAACCACA